GAUAUGUGCGCCGCGCGGUUAACGAAUUUAUAGUUAACAUUGUGAAGUGAAUUCAAUGUUGAUUGUUUUACUGUGUUUUAAGAUUCAAUUAAUUUGUCUUUAAUUUAAUCUAAAUUUAUAUUUCACUUGUGACCCUGUUGAGGUUAUAAUUAAACAUUACUAUUGAUUUUUGAAUUUGGAAAUUAAUUUAUUAGUUUCUAUAAUAAUACAAGUAAAGACAACAUUGAAAGAUAAGGAAUACAGUGGGAGCCUGAAGCCAACAACAGCAAGAUCGCCAUCUUGAAGCAUUUAGUGACACUGUCUCAAUCUGGAUUUGGUGAUUAUUAAACUAGAGCCUAAUUCAAUUGGUUUCCAAUGAAUUUAACUGGUUUUAUCAAUGGUAAUUAAUUGUACCCAACUCAAAUUGAAUUUUAGGAUAUUUGUGUUAAAAUGCCACUUACUAGAAAAUUGAGGAGCAGCAGAGGAAACAGUUCACCAAUGUUAGGCAGAAUCAGUGGAUCAAAUAACCUUGGAAGUCCAAGCGUUGUCAAACCCAGAAGUACACCAGGACCCGGUAGGCCUCCACUUCGAGGCAGAAAAUCUUUCACGAGGUUUACUCCUACUACUAUUAGAUCACCAACAAUCGAUUCAAACUCUGAAUCAUUAGCAACUCCUAAAAGAGGAAGAGGACGUCCACCUAAAUCAGCCUCUAAAAAAUCGGAAACAGAGUCAAGUGAUGAAGAAGAUGAAGAAGGCGAAGAUGACAUGAGUAGCAAAAAUGAGGAUAAAAAUGAUGACGAUAACGCAAGUAAAACUGGCAGCGAGAUUAGAUUGAGGAGAAGAGAUAAAAUUAAAACCACUGCACGUUAUUCACCGGAGCUUGUUGAACCUACAAGAAGACCUAGAGGUCGACCCAGUAGCUCUUUUCCAAGUACUGCUUCUAGCUCAACUAGAUACAUUUCACUUGAUAGCGAUGACGACCUGGAUCUCAGUAGCAGCAUGAAACGUCGUAAAUUUGAAAUCUCGCCUAGUAAAAGAGAGGUUAAAUCUUACAUUGUUGACGUGAAAAAAGACGAGGAUAGUAAUAAAAUGGUCAUUAUGCUUCCUGAUGGUACUACUUAUAAAGUUGACGCAACCCCCGGAAUUUAUGGCUCUAAAAGGACUCUCAAAGCAAAUCGACGGGUUUCUGAUGAGGAAAUGGAUGAAGAUUAUGAAGAUGAUGGAGCCAUUGUUGACGAAACUGAUGAAGAUUUUCGACCUCCAUUUAUGCCUCGUGGUAAGCGAAUGGCAUCUAGGACAGCGACAAUGGUCAAAAUUGAUAAAAACGAAAUUCCUGGGCGAUCCUCAGCUCUAUUAGCUUCUAAAAUACCUCGAGCUUCUGGUAUUAGCUCUAAACAAAUUGCUAGAGUGCGAGCUCCUGGUGAUUCAACUCCGGCACCGAAAAUUCUAUUCCAACCAAAAGUUACCAAUCCUACUGAUGGGUCUAAAAUAACUAAGAUUACCGCGCCCAGUCCAGCUGGUAAAGCAAAAGUUACUUUCAUUACAACGCCUAAAACAGUGACUCUUACUGCAACCAAUACUUCGUUUAAACAGCCACCGAAACGUAAUUAUGGCUCAGCAGCUAAAUUUAUUGAUGAACUACCUGAGAUAAGUGAAUGCACAUCUGAGGAAAUUGACACCAGUUUAUCUAAGUUACCUGAUAAAAUUCUGUUCAUCAAUUCAGAUUUACCACUCUCGAAUAGCUUGACAACAGAAGAUGAGAAAAAACUUUACUUAUUCCGACAAGUUAUGUCUCCUGUUAUGAAUAAUUAUCCAUGUCUUCUUUGUCAUGGUACCAAAUCUGCUUUCAAAGAAGAGAAAGAUUUGUCUCAUCAUUACUCUUCGCACCAUGAGUUGACCAUUGAUCAUACAACAGCCAAAUUUUCUGAGGACAUCGUUUUUGUUUGUCUACCUAAGUCAAUCAUCACCCAAAUUGAGGAAAACGAUAGCGAAAGUGUAAUUUUGAAUGCUCCUUGUCAAUAUUGUGGGGAAGAAGUUAAAUUAAUGACAAUUGACGAUAUGAGAACACAUUAUGCUGAUGUCCAUGCAAAAGAAAUCAAACUCAUUGAACAGGAAGAAAUUUUAGCCAUGCACAAGUUACUCUACUGUUCUUUAUGUGACAAAAAAUCAAAUGAUUUUGUUAGUCAUCAUGCCCAUAUGAAAAAAGAGCAUAAAUUGCAUACUUUUAUUUGCAAGUGCUGUGUCUUUACCACUCAAGAUGCGUCUCGAUUGAAAACUCAUUUUCGUGCUAAACACAUGAUCAGCAACAAUAGAGUUCAAAAUCUCCAAUGCACUUAUUGUAGUGGUCUAAUCUAUGGAAUUGAAAGAAUGAAUAAGCACAUAAUGGUAACUCAUUGUGUACAAACAGGAGCUAAUGAAUUCUCGUGUACUGCCUGUCUUCAACGUUGUGGCAAAGCUGAUGAACUUUUGAGUCACUCAUAUCGAUGUCCAGUUUUAACUAUGGGAUCAACACCAAAAGAAAUUGAAGAGACAAAUGUACGAAUUGAACCAAGAGUGAAAAAUGCUACUAAAUGCUUCCUCUGUGACAAAGUUUUUGAAUCAGCUGAAAUGUGUGAUCUUCAUCUCAAUCAUGUUCACACCAAAUGGUCUGUUCGUAAUGUUAUUCAUGAUACUUUCCUUAUGGUUAGUCAUCCGAAUGGUAAAACAGACCUCAUGCCAUCUACCUCGAGCGGAGAGGAAGUUUCUUCCCUUAAAUUAGUUGAUUUGCCGCCCAUGAAAGUUUUGGAUGAAAUUGGAUGCAAAAAGAAUUAUGGACAUUAUUGUUUUAAGUGUGAAAGUAUCAUCAAAAUUUAUCCAUUAUAUUAUCUUCACAUGUCCAACGUUCACAAAAUGGAGAAAGUUUUUGAGUGUAAAAUAUCUUCCUGCAAACAAACAUUUAAGAAAGCUAAAGGUCUUGAAGAUCAUAUCAAACAAACUAAGCAUCCACAAAAAUCAGUUAUCGAGGAUCCACUGGGAGCUAUUGCUUGUCAUUUCUGUAAUCUUUACUUCGUUGGCGAUGAUGAGCUACAAGAACACUUGUUGUCGGAAGAUCAUUAUAAAAAGAUUAAUACAUUAAUGGAUAAAUCGGGUAACAAGCCCGAGCCGAGAAAUUAUAAGUGUAAAACUUGUCAUACAUGGUUCGGUCUUGCUGAUUCUUAUAUCUACCAUUUGGAAACAGAAAGUCACAAGCAUGGCUGUGUUUAUUGUGGUCUUCAUUUUGCUUUACCAUCUUCCCGACGAACUCACAUUCAGAGUCAUCAUAGUGAAAAAUCGGACAUUUGUGAAAUUUGUAAUGUUAAACAAGGAUCCAAAGAAAGACUUUUUGCUCAUCUUGUUGAACAUAAUAUUGUCUUUGAGUGCAACAAAUGCAUGAGAAAGUUUUACCAACGAGAACAACUUAACGCCCAUAUGGAAACUCACGGAGAUUCUCGCGAUUGCCCUUGGGAUGGAUGUGAGCGAAAAAUAACACGUUCCAACUUGACUACUCACAUUAGACAACAUAGAAUUGAAAAUGAAUCGAAAUGUAACAUAUGUGGAAAAGGAUUUUCUUCUAGACAAGUUUUACAAACGCAUAUGGAAAUACAUGCUAAAGCUGAAUCUAAUGCUAAAGCUAUUCUUCAAGCUGUACCUAAUAAUAAUCAACAAAAGAAAUCUUCAUUAUCCAGUUCUUCUGCUCCAGGAACGACACUCAUCAGUAUAACAACCCCUCCUUCCAGCUUAACUUCAAUCAAACAAAGAUCACCGAUAAAGGGAAGGACACCUAAAGCACCAGUUAAUAAAGUUUCUACUUUCUCUACCAACCGCAACUCAAAUGGCAUUCCCACUGGUCUUAAAAUCAUGUGUUGUAGCUGUAAUCAAUCAUUUAAUUCUCAUAAUGAAUUAUCUAAGCACAAAUGUGUUGUACCUGUGGUUACUAUUACCGGAACCAAGUCAGAUGCAAACGAAAUACAUUUAGAUCAAAUUUCUGUCAAUGAUAUGCUUUCAUCGCCCAUUUUAAUCACCCAGAGUGAUAAAUUUCAACUUCCCCUUUCAACUAAAGAUGAAACAACAAGUGACAAUUUAGAAGAGGAUCCACAAAAAUUAGUUUUGGAUAUCGCUGAGCAAGUGGCUCAAUCAGUACAAGAAGAAGAAGCUGAAAAACUGAAGCAAAAACAGCUUAAAAGAGUAGAACAAUUGUUGCAACAAUCAUCAUCAUCCCCAUCAACUUCGUCAUCCAUAACAUCAUCAACUUCGUCAUCUUUAUCAUCACAUUUUCAACUAAAACAACAUCAUUCAGAACCAAAGAAAUCCUUGGGUCUGGGUACUAAACCAUCAGUCACAUCAACUGUUUCAACACCAAUUGCUUCAGCAUCUUCAACCUCUAUAACAUCAUCUAUAACACCUUCACUGGGUUCAAUGCAAUCUCGAGCCAGGCGAACAUAUUCAUCUUUAAAAUCAAGUCAAUUGACCAAUUCAAAUUCAGGAGCAGAAAAUCAAAUUGACGAGACUAAAAAGUCUCUCAAAAAGGAUGAUAUUGUUACAAGCAGUAAAAGCAACAAUAACAAUUCACUCAUCCUUUCGGAAGUCAAUGAGGCUGCUAAUAACAUAAAUAACAACAGCAUGAUUGAGAUACCCGUAAUAGAAGGAGAUAAUCCCAAUCCAGGAGAUCAAUACAUUAUGCUUCAACAACCCGACGGUCAAUAUGUUCAGAUAUGUGUCCCGGAAGGAGUGGACAUUGAAGAGGUUGUAAGAAGCUUGAAUAUAACGUUCGCAGAUAAUCCUGAAGCCACAAAUGAACUAUUAUCUUCAGCUUCAUCGACAAUUAAUGCUGCUGAUCCUUUGGAGCAAAGUAUGCAAGAAGUAACUGAUCAAAGUGGAUUAACUUCCGCUGACCAAGCAACAGUUGAAGUUGAAGGUAUGGAUGAUCAGCAAGUAAUAUACUUACCUGUCAACGAAGAUGGAACCUGUGCCAUUGAUCCAGCAGCUUUGGCCAUGUUAACAGGAAACGGAGAAGUCCCAAUAAUCGUAACAUCAGGCAAUUGGACUGACAUGUUACGUGAAGGACUGAGGAGAUCUAUACGUAUACUUGAUCCAUUAGUAAACUUACAUCGAUAUAGUCCAAAUUUGCGUCAAGUGAAAUGCAAUUUUCAUACCUCAACAUCUUAUUGUGCUCGUAAAAAUUAUUAUGAGCUCCUUGGUGUUUCUAGGAAUGCUAGUCAAAAGGAUAUAAAGAAAGCUUACUAUCAAUUGGCCAAAAAGUAUCAUCCAGAUUCGAACAAAGGUGAUCCAGAAUCAGCUAAGAAAUUCCAAGAAGUUUCCGAGGCAUAUGAAGUGCUUUCUGAUGAUACAAAGAGACGUGAAUAUGAUCAAUUUGGCUCUGCAGGGGCAAAUAAUUUUGCCGGUAGCGGUGCAGGAACGUCUGGUUUUCAAGGUUUCAAUUCCUCUAUUGACCCAGAGGAACUUUUCAGAAAAAUAUUUGGAGAAUAUAAUUGGAAUGCAUAUAAUCAACGCACUGGUCAAGAUUAUGAAUUUUCUGAAACUGAUUUUGGUUUUGGAGCUGCUCAAGAGGUUAUUUUGAAUUUAACAUUUAGAGAAGCAGCCAGAGGCUGUGAUAAACAAGUUAAAAUUAAUAUUUUAGAUACUUGUCCUACUUGUUCAGGAUCCCGCUGUGCUGAAGGUCAUAAACCUAUCCGAUGUCCUUAUUGUAAUGGCACUGGAAUGGAAACAAUUAGCACUGGUCCUUUUGUAAUGAGAUCAACAUGUAGGAUGUGUCAUGGUACUAGGUUAUACAUUCAAAAUCCCUGCACUAAGUGUGAAGGUAAAGGAAGCACACUUCAACGUCGAACGGUUGAUAUACCAGUUCCAGCGGGUGUUGAAGAUGGUCAAACAUUGCGAAUGCAAGUUGGAAAUAAAGAAUUGUUUAUCACAUUCAAAGUGGCAAAAAGUGAUUAUUUUAGAAGAGAAGGUGCUGAUGUCCAUACUGAUGCAACUAUUAGUUUAUCUCAGGCUGUUUUAGGAGGUACAAUUAGAAUAGAAGGUAUCUAUGAAGAUUUAACUAUCAAAGUACCUUCUGGAACAUCAUCACAUACUAGAUUAAGAUUAGCAAAUAAAGGUUUAAAAAGGAUCAAUAGUUAUGGUAAUGGUGAUCAUUAUGUACAUUUCAAAAUUAAGAUACCAUCGCAAUUGUUUUGUUCAUCGUCUGUAUCAGUGAAUUAUUUCAAAGUCAUGCCACGAGAUGGAUCAUCAUCUUCAAAAAAUUACAGUAAAAAGCAUCACCAAUCGUCAAGUUCAUUCAGAUAUGAAGACCACAAACCAUCUUUAAACCGAAUGUUUUUCGGCCCUCGAGAAAAAAUCUCGGUCGGAACUAAAGAGUAUAAUGACUUUUGGUUAUUUUUGUCCAAAUAUUUACAAACACUGAACUCUGGAAAAUCUCAUGGUAACAAUGCGGCCAUCAUUGAAAGGAUGAAGGAAACGGUUGAAGCAGACUGGAUGGACAUUGAUUACGUUAUGAGAUGUAAAGGAGCUCUCUUUAAAGAUGAUGAAUAUUACAGUCAGAAUUCAUUAACCAAGGAAAGGGUGAGUCAAUUCAGAGAUAUUCUACUUUUAUAUCUCAAUUUUUUAGAGAAAAAAAGACUCAAAUUGCUUGAGAAAUUAAAGCAGGACAAAGAAAAUCUCCCAAUUUUCAAAUACAAACAAAAUAUACUGGACGCCUUAAAAACACACUCUGUGAUAUUAAUUGCAGGUGACACUGGAUGUGGUAAAUCAACUCAAGUACCUCAAUAUUUACUAGAAGCUGGUUAUACCAAUAUUGUGUGUACUCAACCUCGCCGGAUCGCUUGUAUUUCCUUGUGUAAACGCGUUUCUCAAGAAACUGCCGACACUUUUGGAUCAUUAAUUGGUUAUCAGAUACGAUUUGAAAAACAUCGAACUCAAGAGACUCGAAUUUUAUUCAUAACUGAAGGUUUAAUGCUUCGUCAAGUAACUUCAGAUCCACUUUUAUCCAAUUACAAUGUAAUCAUUUUAGAUGAAGUCCAUGAGCGUCACCUAACUGUUGACUUUUUACUUGGCCUAAUGAAAUGUCUUCUCCUUCAACGGCCCAAUGAUUUGAAAUUAAUCUUAAUGUCAGCAACAAUCAAUGUACAGCUUUUUUCUCAAUAUUUUGGUCUCUGUCCAAUAAUUGAAGUGUCCGGUCGUCUUUAUCCCAUCCAAUUGUAUUAUCAACCAGUUUCUGAGCAAUCAUACAAACGCGGCACUCGAAUCAAUCCCGAACCUUAUCUGCGUCUAUUGAAAAUGAUUGAUGACAAAUAUCCAUCCAAUGAACGUGGAGACGUCCUGAUAUUUCUGAGUGGCUUGACCGAGAUAAAUACCGUUGCUGAACACUGUAAACCGUAUGCGGCUGAAUCACGUCGAUGGAUAAUAUUAUCACUUCACUCAUCUCUGUCCAUUGAGGAACAAGAUCGAGUUUUUGACAUUCCCCCAGAAGGUGUUCGUAAAGCAAUACUGUCAACUAACAUUGCCGAAACUUCUGUCACCAUUGAUGGAGUUCGCUUUGUAAUUGAUUCAGGCAAAGUAAAAGAGAUGUCCUUUGAUCCUGCUAUUCGUAUGGCUCGAUUACAAGAGUUUUGGAUUAGCAAGGCUUCAGCUGAACAACGCAAAGGUCGAGCUGGAAGGACUGGGCCAGGAGUCUGUUAUCGACUUUACUCGUCAGCUUCCUUUGAAGAAAUGCCUUCAUAUUCAACACCCGAGAUUCAUCGAGUUCCUCUCGACUGUUUAUUGCUUCGAAUGAUUGAAAUGGGCCUUCCAGAUGUAACUAAAUUUCCUUUCCUUGAACCUCCAAGUGAAUCGUCCAUUGAUCAAGCUUUAAUCAGUCUGAAGGAGAAUGGUGCUUUAACAGAUACAAAUGACGAGGAAGGAGUUAGCAUUACUUCAAUGGGUCGGAUGUUGGCCAAGCUUCCUGUUGAGAUUGUUAUUGGUAAAAUGCUUAUUUUAGGUUCCAUGUUUAAUCUAGUUGAACCAAUUAUAUCAUUAGGAGCCUGUCUUUCAGUUCAAUCACCAUUAACUCAAAAAAGUUAUUCCCAUAUUGACUGUAUUGAGGCACGAAGAGGACUUGAAUGUUCACAAGGUGAUCCUUUUUUGCUACUCAGAGCUUACAAUGAAUGGUUAACAAUUAAAAGCUCUGGAUCAGAGGAUUCAAGGAAAUGGUGUAAGAGAAGAGGCUUUGAAGAGCAGCGAUUUUACGAGAUUACCAAAUUGAGGAAACAAUUUCGAGAUAUUAUCAAAGAGUCAGGUCUUUAUUUCAUUGAUAGUUCAGGAUGUGCCGAUGAAUUGUCAAUGAAAGGACAGAGAACAGCAGCGGAAAGAAUCAAGCGACACGGUGAAUUAAGACAGUUAAGGUCGUUGAAAAGGCAACUUGAAUCUGCAGGACCAAAGAAACGUAAAAUGUUGAAAAUAAAUUUUGAUGGAGAGCUUGAAGAUGAUCACGAUGAAACAAUGGAAGAUUAUGAUCUUAAAGAGAUUGAUUUCAGAUUAUCAUAUAAUGAUCGCCAAAUUGAGGCUUUAAAAAGUUCCAGUAAAGCUUUCAAAGGAAAAGACAUGAUUUUGAUGAAAGUUAUACUCUCCAGUGGAUUGUAUCCACAAUUAGCGCUUCCAGAUGAGCACAAUUCAUUCAAGAAAGAUUCCGAUCAGCUUUUCCAUACAAAGGGUAAACCAUUUGUGGUCCUCCAUCCAAAUAGUGUCUACGCCUUGGAUCCGGAUUUGCUUCGUCUGAAUGAUAGAUCAGCAUCAACCAAGGAAAAGGGAAUUGAAAGCUGUAAACAUUGUCUUUUGGCUUACCUUUUGCUACUGGAAACAACCAAACCUUACUUGGUUAACUGCCUAAAGGUUCCAGCCUUACACACAUUGCUACUUUUUGCCAACUCAAUUGAUACUAAUUCAGAUUUAACAAGACUUGUUUUCGACAAAUGGAUUGAGGUACGUUUAUCGCCCAACAGUUUUCCUGAAAAUUUUUUAUCAACUUCUAUUCAAGUUCGUGAUUUAUGGCUAAAUCUUUUAACAAAAGUAUUUCAGGAAUCAUUAGAUCAAGAAGCUAAUGAUGAAGAUACAAAUGAUACUUUUGCUGGUAAAGAGUUUAGCCCGGAAAUAUUACAAAUGAAACAUAGACUGAACAAGAUUAUCGAUCAAUUUUUAUCAACUGAGAUUCCGUUUACAAUUAAAAGACUUGUAGCUGCCGAUGUAACCAAUUUAUACAAAAAAUGUGAACAAGAAUCAAAGGAUAAAUCAGGCGAAAAGGUUGACGAAACAAUCAAAGUGAAAAAGGAGACCAAAAAGAUUGAACCAAAGGUUGAAAUAAAGUCGGAAAAAAUUGAUAAAUUAUUGGAUAGCAAUGCAAUCAUUUCAGAUAAAGGAGGAAUAAAAGUAAAUCACUAUUUAACAUACAAUUGUCUAUCCGAUAAUGACAUUUCCAAGGAUUGUUACAUUAAAAAGACUUGGCAAUGUUUAAAUUGUAAUAAAGAAAUGGUAACAACUCUAUUAGAUGAGAUUCGUCAUAAAGAGAAAUGUUUUUCUUCCAAUAUCGCCUCAAGCAGUGGAAUGAUUCAACAGCAAGAUGAUUGCUCAUCAAGUGGAACCUCAAUCUCAACUAAAUCAUCAAAAGAUCCACUGGCAAAGAAAUAUUCAUGCGAAUUGUGUCAGCAAACAUUAUAUUUAUCAUCCAUUGAUAUAGUUAAACACAUUCGAAGCCACAAAGUCAAUUAAGGAAAACAAAGGAAAAUGUUUAAUUUACAUUAUCACCAUCAUUCCCAUAACUGAUUUACAUUGUAAUCAAGUUGUAUUUUUUGCUCAUCUUUUAAGUCAAACAUUUAGCAACUAUUUUCAUAACCCAUGGCUUCUAUGUAAUUGAUUGUAAUAUUGAUUUGUAAAACCUUGUUAUUACGAUUAACUGUAAACUACAUUUUAAAUGUUAAUGUUAAUCAUUGUAACAAGAACAAAAUUAAUCUUGUAAUUUGUAUGUAAUAUAAGAUUCGCCUUUCCAUACCAUUGUUGUCAGUUUGAAACAAGAGUAUAAGUGAUAAUACACAAAUCACUUUUAUUAUAAUGAAAAUCCAGAAAGGACAAAAGCAAGGAUCCCUCGAGAGCUUUUAUUGAGCUCUUCUGCAUCUUUAUAUUCAUCAUCCUCAUCUUCAUCUUCAACCUUCAUCUCGCUGAUACUGGGGAAAAAAUUAUCAUCCAAAAAAGAGUCUGUAAUAGGAAUUUGAUGAUAAUAAUAUCGGAAACAUUUUUAUUAAUAUUAAUUUGUAUACACAGCCAUAUGUCGAUUAUUGCCUUUACACACAAUUUUUACUUGUUUUAUUGUGGUUACAAUUUUAAGUAUUGGUAAAAAUAAUAGUGACAAAAGAUGCUUGUCUUCCCUCUCUACGGGCCAAAACCACUGCUACUUCUGUUGCUGCUGUUUUCACCUUCACCUUUGUUACCUUUCAACUGUGUAAAGUGAAGUGGUUGAGGGUGGUUUUUUUUGUGCUCUCGUAAUACCUCCCAGUGACUAGGGAAUAGCAGGAGAUCAGCAUCAAUAACACUACACCAAUAGACACAUGAAUGGUAAACUUAAAAGAUGACUCUUUAUUCCAGUUUCACGGCCAAUAAACAUGGUUUUGUAUUUCUCUUUUCA